AUGGCGUCUUACGGCUACUACAGAUACCAGCCAAACACAGCCGCCGCCGGCAUCUUCGCCGUGCUCUUCGCCAUCCCGACAUUCUACCACUGCUUCCAAUGUUUCCGCACGCGGACUUGGUACUUCAUACCACUGAUAGUCGGUGGUUUCUUCGAAACAAUCGGCUACGUCGCCCGCGCCAUCUCCUCCACCAAAGUCGACGACCUUGGCUCCUACAUCGUGCAGAUGCUCACCAUCCUCAUCGCGCCCUCCCUCUUCGCCGCCUCCAUGUACAUGCUUCUGGGGCGCCUGAUGCAAGUAGCCGGCGGCGAGCGGCACGCGCUCAUCCCGCGCCGCUUCUUGACCAAGGUAUUCGUCGUCGGCGACGUAGUCGCAUUCCUCCUUCAGUGCGGUGGCGGCGGCAUCGUGGCGGCCGCCAUCUUCGACACGUCCGGGGCACGCGACGCGGACAAGAUGAAGCUCGGGGAGAAGGUGAUCGAAGCGGGUCUGUUCGUGCAGCUGAUCUUCUUCGGAUUCUUCCUGGUCAUCGGGUCGUGGUGGAAGAGAGGCGUCGAGAAAGACAACGAGCCGGCGGCCGGAAGCAGCAAUGAGCCCGGGGUUGCGUGGCGCAAGCACUUCUGGGUUUUGAUGGGGGCGAGUUCGUUGGUCUUUUUGCGUUGUGUGUUUAGGGUUGUGGAGUAUAUGAGUGGCAGGGAGGCGGAGUUUCAAAACCAAGAGUGGUUCGUGUAUGUGUUCGAUGCGGUACUGAUGCUGGGUGUGGUGGUUCUGUUUAACGUGGUGCACCCGAGUGAGGUGACGCGCAUGUUGAAACAGGAAGAUGCGAGCGUUCGUGGGACGGAGUUAGCGUGA